ACGGCAUAGUGUAGUUUCUAGAACCGAGAAAUUUCCUACUUUUCACUCAUUGUUAAUUGAUUUGUUCUGUGAAUUGAUUUGUUUCUCACGAUGGGAAAGAAAACUAAAGUAAAACCUUCGCCUAUCGUGAAUGGAAGCGUGAAAAAGGGUCAAGUGUCGGUGGAAGGGUUAGAAGAGAACUACGAAUUGGAGGAGUCUCGAACUGGUGCGGGAAAACGUACCCAGAAAAAGAAGGUGAAACGUGCCGAGCAAGUACCGGAAGAUCAACCUGUGGUGGUGGGUCGAGGAGUUAAGCGUCCUAAGGAUAGUGACGAUGAGGAUGAAGAUAAUGAGGACGGUCUCGAUGAUUCCGACAACGAGGAUCAGACGGAGGGUACAAUGGAGCAACAAAUGCCAAUGUCGAGCACAGCGUACGAAGUUCUGCUCGGAAAUCAAGAGUUCACAUCGCUGGAGGGUAAAGUCUCGGACAAUACACUGCGAGCGAUUGCGGAGAUGGGCUUCACGAAGAUGACCGAAAUCCAAGCCAAGGCGAUUCCACCGUUACUGGAGGGAAGGGAUCUUGUCGGGUCCGCCAAAACAGGCAGCGGCAAAACGUUAGCUUUUCUCAUUCCGGUCGUCGAGUUGAUCCACAAGUUACGUUUUAAACCACGUAACGGUGCCGGCGCCAUCAUUAUCUCACCAACGCGAGAACUUGCAAUGCAGAUAUUUGGUGUGUUGAAAGAGUUGAUGGCACAUCACCAUCAGACUUACGGGCUUCUGAUGGGUGGUGCCAGUCGACAUACUGAGAACGAGAAGCUCGGGAAAGGGUUAAACAUUAUUGUGGCCACACCGGGUCGGCUGCUUGAUCAUCUGAAAUCCACGCCAAACUUUCUGUUCAAGAACUUGCAGUGCUUGAUCAUCGACGAGUGUGAUCGAAUUUUGGAGAUUGGAUUCGAGGAGGAUUUAAAGCAAAUCAUAAGCAUUUUGCCGAAAAAACGUCAAACACUACUCUUCUCGGCCACGCAAUCCUCUCGUAUGGAUGAGCUGGGGCGUUUAGCCCUCAAAUCGGAACCGAUUUAUGUCGGGGUGGAUGAUCACAAGACCGAAGCUACCGUCACUGGCCUGGAGCAGGGCUACAUUGUGUGCCCCUCCGAGAAGCGGCUGCUCGUUCUUUUUACUUUCCUGAAGAAAAACCGCAAGAAGAAGGUUAUGGUUUUCUUCUCAUCCUGUCUUUCUGUGAAGUUCCAUCACGAGCUGUUCAACUACAUCGAUCUUCCGGUUCAAUCGAUUCAUGGUAAGCAAAAGCAGGCGAAGCGUACUUCGGUGUUUUUCCAGUUCUGCAACGCAGAAUCCGGAAUUUUGCUUUGCACGGACGUAGCUGCCCGCGGCUUGGACAUACCGGCUGUUGACUGGAUUGUCCAGUACGAUCCACCAAACGAUACGAAGGAGUACAUUCACCGUGUCGGUCGCACAGCUCGAGGCGAAAAUUUGUGUGGCCACGCGCUACUGAUUUUACGGCCACAGGAGCUUGGCUUUCUCAAGUAUUUAAAGCAAGCGAAAGUACCGUUGAACGAGUUCGAGUUUUCCUGGAACAAGAUUGCCGACAUUCAGCUGCAGUUGGAAAAUUUGCUUUCGAAGAACUAUUUCCUCAAUCAGUCGGGCAAACUAGCGUUCAAGUCGUACGUGCGAUCGUAUGAAGGACACCACAUGAAGGAUGUGUUUAAUCUUGGUAACAUGGACCUGGUACAGGUGGCGAAAAACUUUGGCUUCACGCAACCACCCUACGUAGACUUCGGCAAAAGUUUCAAAAGCAUUAGCUCCGAACGACGAGCGGGCAAUCGUGGCAUGGGACAUUUCAAGGACUUCAACAAGAACAAGCGUGACAACUUGAAGAUUACGCACAUAAGCGAUCGGAAGCAGCUGAAGAAAAUUAAGUACGAGUAAUUUGCUACGUUAACCCUCAAAUAGAGAUGAAUAAAUGAUUGUAAUGCUUCAU